AUGACAGACCAGCUUGCUGUGGGGCAGCGGGUGUGGAUUAGCCAGAGGGCCGGCUACAUCCGCUACCUGGACGCCACCCAGUUUGCCGACGGCACAUGGGUCGGCAUUGAGCUGGACGAGCCAGUAGGCAAGAACAAUGGCACCGUGAAGGAGGUCCAGUACUUCGCCUGCAGCGCGAACCACGGGAUCUUCGUCCGCCCAGCCCAGGUGCAGACCGAGGCCCCGCCUGUGGUCGAGAAGAAGCCCGAGAAGAAGGCCAAGGCGCCAGCGCCCCCGGGCGCCGCCGACGCGGCCGCCAGCGCGGCUGCGGCGCCCGCGCCCUCGCCGAAAAGGACCUCGACGACGCCCAAGGUGGCGGCGCUGCCCCAGGCGGCCAGGGCGCCGGCCGCCGCCGACGCGGCGGCGAGUCCGGUGGGGACGCCCAGCCCCUCGGCGACGGUGAAGCGGACCUCGACGGCGUCCAGCUCCGGCGCGGCCAAGGCGGCCCCGGCGGCGGCGUCGCGGUCGUCGCCUGGGGCGGCCAGGGCGUCGGUCGCCACCAGCGCCACUGGGAGCCCCGCGGCGUCGCCCAAGGUGCGGACUUCGGUCUCGUCGAGAGGGCCGGCGGCGGGCGACGCGGCGAGGCCGUCGCGCAUCGCCGGCGCGGAGUCCCCCGCUUCAUCGCCGAAGAGGGUUUCAACGGCAAGACCCCAGGGGCCUUCGGCAGCAGGGGACGCAGCCAAGGCCGCCGCUGCCGACCCCUCGGAGGCGGCGCAGCCCGCGCAGUCCGCGCCUGAGGAGGCGGAGGCCGUGGCAGUGACCCCCGCGGAGACGGCGCCGCCCGCGCAGGCCUCGCCCGAGGAGGCCGCCACUGCCGCACCCUCGGAGCCCGCGCAGACCACGCCCGAGGAGGCGGAGGCCUUGGCGGGGCGCGAGGCGGAGGAGCGGGGCUCGGACAUGGAAGGAUCCUGCAACGCCAGAGUUCGGCUGGCCCAGGUCUGGGAGCCGCUCGCGGCCCUGGAUGUGCCCUGCCGUAUCGGCUGA